UGCAGCGAAUCCUAAAAAAGCUUUUGGGAUCUGAGGAAGCAUUGAGCGUUUUAUAGGUCAGUUUACCUUUACUCCUAUAGACUCUUAAACCUGCGCAUUUUUAUGGUAACGCUCUGGAGCUUCAAUUCCAUCCUCCUCUCACUCAGGCGCCAUAUUCAAUAUUUUCAAUAAUUGAUCAAUUUGCUGAUACAAGAAGAGAAAUCAGUUUGAAGGAAUCCAUUGAAGAAAGUCUCCACCACUCAGUGCCAAAUAUGAAUUAUCAAGAUGAAUAUCCUAAAAUGAUUCCAACGGGAGAUUAUUCUGAUGAUCCCCCACUUUACACAAAUUCAGGACCCACUGCUCAUUUUAUUCAGCCCCCCUCAGCUUCUCAACAUGCCGUUGUCAUGAACAUCCAGCCAGUUGGGCGUAGCUACAAGGAUUAUUUGGGAUGCUCCAUUGUCAACCUCAUCUGCUGCUGCCUGCCCAUUGGCAUCGCUGCCCUUAUCUUCUCAUUCAAGACCAGAGAAGAUAUAAUUCGAGGUGACAUGGUCUCUGCCGAUAGUGAUUCCCGCAUGGCGCUCAUCCUAAACAUGGUGGCACUGGGAGUGGGGCUGCUUCUAAAUGUCUUGUCCAUCUCUAUUUUCAUUUAUUAUAUCAUUCAAUAUAAUUACAUUCAGUCUCUCUAUGGACAGGGUUAAUGGACUCACAGCAGAGGAUUCUGGGAAACACACAUUUGGUUUAAUGUCAUAUCUUAUAGGCCAUUAUUUUCAGCCGGAUGCUGUCGAACUUCAACCCUCAGAACCAAUGACAGUGGAAAUCAGCCCUUUUAUUUCCCACCACCAGAG